AUGUGCUUCAUCUAUGUGACUGAGGAAGGCCCCGUCACCCUUUACAGAGGCCUUGGUGCGGUCCUCGUAGGCGCAGCACCCGCUCAGGGCCUUUACUUUGGUGGCUACGAGACCGCGAAACGCUUCCUAGGUGGAGGACAAAGCGGCAUUGGCAACUUCUCCGCGGGCAUCUUUGCUCAGCUUUGCGGUUCUCUAGCCUGGGUCCCCAUGGAUGUGAUCAAAGAGCGCUUGCAAGUUGAGGGCCAGGUGAAGGUGGCCAACGCAUACACAGGCUCCUUUGAUGCCUUUAGGCAGAUCAUUCGACAUGAGGGUGUGAUUGGACUGUAUCGAGCGUUUCCAAUUCACCAAGUGACUUGGGCUCCCUUUAAUGGCUGUUAUUUCAUGGUCUACGAGAAGCUGAAAGGGCUAUGCAUCAAUGCAGGGUACGAAGAUGGGCAUGACAACUUGGAACCCAUCGCCCAAGUGUCCUGUGGCAUAGCUGCUGGAGUUGUGGCAGCGUCCGUAACAAACCCCGUGGACGUUUUGAAGACUCGACUUCAGGUUGCGCGAGCCAAUCCUGAGAUGUUCCCUUACAGCAGUGCUUUGGGUGCUGCUCGCCAUCUCCUCGAACAUGAGGGUGCGAUUGCCCUGAUGGACGGCGUUUUCGCGAGGGUCAUGUGGCUUACUCCUAGGCUCACUCUUUGCGUUUUUGCGUACGAGAGAAUCAAAAAGAACUUGUCCUGA